AUGGUCGAUGGAGUGUUGGUAUUUUGUACUGUGUGGAGGAGGACGCAACUUCUGUGGCCUUCGGUGGAGUUGCCGUGCAGUUCACAGUUAACCCAAGCCUUCAGGCCUCCUAAUUGGGUGUAUUCUUCAAAAGCAAGAGAUGCAAAGUCAGGCAUCAAUCUCAUACAGGUAACUCAAAUAGUUUGGUUAUUUCAGUGAUUCAGCGUACUGGCUGGAUUUCUAGUAACUGCAUCACAAAUCAAACUAAGAUGGCCCAGGAGCAAAAGUCUCUACGAAAAGCAGCACGGUCUAAAAGGAUUCUGUUCUCACUUUUUACUUUCGCAACUCGUAUUUAACCGCAGUUUCUAUACAGAAAAGCUUCAUUCGUGCGGUACCAUUCAAAAAGAUGUGGCCAUUCAAACGAACGUUAUGUAUAACGUUUUAAUCCUUUAAGUCCCAAUGGUGACCAGCAUCAAUUUUCUCCUAAUGAUAUCCAUACAUUAUCAAGAGAAAAAGUUAUGAGAAUUAACAAAAUGAUCAAGAAAAAAAGCCUCGAUCUUUUAUGAAAUUCUCUCAACUGAUGCAUCAAGAAAAUAUAUAGUGAUCAGUUUGGAGAAUUUGUAUGUGGAUAUUGGGGCUUAAAGUGUUAAGAAAUUAAUCUGACCGAAACCGGAAAUUGUGACGAAUCAAAUGAAAGUUGUUUAUCAUACGGAGCGGGAGAAUGUUGGAUAGCAAAGAGAUUACAAGACCAUGUAUAAGGGGUUAUAUUGGGAUACCGACUGUGUAAUGCAGUGGUUUAUUAGUUUGCGUAGUACAGAUUAUAAUUACACUUUUUACCAGCUGUAGUGUAUUGCUACUUCAAACCUAGAGAGAGCCUUUUGAAGCAACAAACGACUGAAAUUAUUUUUAACAGGGACAUUAACUCACUCCCAUCUCUCUGCCGACAAAAAUAUAGAAUGACAUUACUAACGUGACUAAUCUGAUCUAACCGGAAAUUCAAAAAAGUACUGCCGUUCUACGCUUUUUAAAUAGGAUAAGGUCAAUGUUGGUGUUUUGAAUAUUUUUUUUAACAGUUAGGCUGAAUUUCUGUUCUCAAAAAUCGCAAAUCAAACUAAAGUUUCAUUUUUAUUUCUGGUAGUUAUUGCAUUUAAAGCGAUCUACAAAUAGAAUCAGUUCCUUUCUUGUAAGGAAAUACUUUUCACGCGCAGGGAGAGAACUGCAACAAGUUAAAGCUUUUCCCGUGGGGCCGUAGGAGGGCGCUGUUUCUGCAGCUCUCGCACAGGCUAACGACGUCAUCGAAUACUGUAUUUAGAUAGUCAUUCGGCGUAGACAUAGGGCCAAAAACUCCACGCAAUAAUUUUGUGUUCGUUCAAAUCAACUUCCAAAUCUGUUCGCCAGACAACCUGAAAUGACCCAUCCCCUCCCCAAAAAAUCGGCCCCACUGAAAGGAAAUGGUUUACGCAAAGCCUUCUGGGAGUUUCGUCCGCCAUUUUGCACAGACGACGCGGCCUACAUUAUUUGAUUGGGCAUUGCCCUCACGUGCAGCCCAAUAAUAAACAGAGGAAGCCUGGACCGAGCCAAAGAAUUGCUCAAUGGAGUAGGGGACAGGCUAAAGAAUUGUCGUACUAAAACAUCCCCACCGGUUUACCGGCAGUCUUAUGGCCGACUGGAGUCACCUUGUCCAUCACACUUAACUUUCAAAUUAAUUCACAAUCCCAGAAAACCGGCAUUCUUUUAGCACCAUUUUAAGCUAUUUCAAAUUUUUAUAAGCACCCUUAGAAGCAGAGACAAAAAAGCUUUACGUUUCUCAAUUUCAACUCGUGCAUGACUUAUCACAUGUCUUACUAGAGCGCAGCUGAAGGAGCAGGGUUUUGUCACGAGAGCCGUUUCAGCUGACUUUCCUUGUAACUAUUCAAACCUUAUUGAUCUUCGGAACAUGCCGUCGCGCACGAUCUAUCUACAUAGAAACCUUUCCGAUCAAUUCACCACCUUUGAAUGUAGUACAGGUGGCAAACAGACGGUUUUUUUAAAAUAUGAUAUGAAAGUGUGACAGUAUAGAAAGUAAAUAAGAAUCUCUCAAGAGCUCACGCGGCAAGUCGCGCAUACUGCACGGUAACUCACGUGGACUUAUCCUUAGUGUCGCUGUAUUUCACACACACGCACAGGCAAGCAAAGAGAAAACUGAUCUAAACUAGUACAAACACUUCAAUAUGUCGCCAGGUAGAUUUUUAUCGUUUAUUUGAUCUGGCCGGCCCUUUUUUACAGAAGUGACAGCAACAGAAUGAUUUUUUUACUGCUUACCGCCAUUGUUGAUCUGAGCCAAGGUGAGAUGCUAACUUGGCGGUUGCUAUGGAGACAUGAGUAGCAAGGCCAGGUAUAGGUACACCACUUUUGUGGAUAAACAGAUUUUUCAAAGAAUGGGACAUUUCCGGCUACUAACACCCUUUUUAAGUGGGUUCUCUCGAAUAAAAACGUGAUCCACUUGAAAAUAUUAUCUAUAUUGCGCUUCGAAUACGUUAUUUAAGCCGACCCUUCGCUCUGGUAUUUAGUCCAAAAUAAUGCUCUUAUAAAAGAUCUUCCUCGUGUUCAUAAAUGAGCCAAACAAACAUACAGAUCACGCGAAUCAACGCAUUGAUUUUCAACUGAGUGAAAUUCCUAGGGACAGAUCCCCCUAACUUAUACGUCAAGAAAUGAAGGAGAACAGUAAUAAGAGAUUGUCAUUCGACAUUAAUAAUAGAACAGCAUAGUACAGUAGUAAUGUCGACAUCAAUAUCAGUACAAAUGUCAAGGCAAGGAUAUUUUAUUUAACUGAGAAUCUAGGGAAGGGGCCCAAGGACCCCCACCCACUCCCCUUAAGCUUAGAUCACAGGUCUGAAGUGCUGAGGCACCGAGAUACCCCUUUUAGGGCGGAGAACCCAUCCCCCUUUUCCCAAGUUAACGCAGGGUCUGGUCGGCACUGUUUCACUACCAGACCAUUGUGUAUUUUGCAGGGAUACGAUGUAGCUGUGGCGUUUGCGUCUGUGACGAAAUCCUAUUGUUUAUCCAUUCAAAUGAAGCCUCCCUAGCAUUACUUUCAGUAUUUUUUUUCUCUUUGUUAAGUGCUAAACUUUGUUCUCUUAGUCAAGAUUAGGAAUCUAUAUUGUGCUAAUUGUGGAGCCUUUUAAAAGCAACUCUUACGGCGGGGGUAGCAAAAACGCCGACAGGCGCCUGGGAGCGGGAUUUUCGCUUAGAAAAUCAUGUUCUAUCGAAGUU